GGCCCGGUGUGAUGUGGUUGGGAGUGUGUCCCUAUCAUUUUUCCAUAAACAAUUAUGGAUUACAGCUGUUAUACUUUUUAUACAAAUUCUGUCUGGUAACAGAGUUCAAAUUACACAAGCUCAGUAGCAUCACCAUCAUAUUCUGAGUAUGCAUACAAUCACGCAAUACGUUGUGGAGACCACGGGCUUCCCAUAACCAGAUUUUUUUUUUUUUGCUGAGGAGCCUAAUACCUUGUGUUUAGCGCUACCGGUGGGUUCAAAAGACCACUGUUGACAAUCUGUUCCAAUCUUUCUUCUUCCUUCUCCCUCAUCUUCUUCACUAAUCAGGCCCUACAAACCUUCUCUCUUCUCUUCUCUCUGACCUCCAAUAAAUUCCGUCUUCUAUCGCCUCUUUCAAACACACAUAAGCAUAGCAUCAAGCCAUUACCUCCAAAAAAAUCUCUAUCGCCACCCACCCACCCAAUAUUGGCACGUAUGAUUUUCAGCCAGUCAUCAUGAUCUAACGUCAUGGAUAUCGUCUUCUCAGACAAUUUAAAGUUUGGACCAAGUGGGAGGAAAUGGAGAGCAUUUUGUUGGACAACUUUCCUUGUUGAAAGGGAUGCUUUGCUUUGAAGUAGACAGGAAAGUAUAUGAUGGGUUGGUUUUAAUAGUAAAGUGUUUUGGUCAGUGUUGUGGUUCUCGUUUUCGAGUGCAAGGACAAUGGAGGGACAUCUCCUGGAGCAAGUUGGUACUUUUUAAAAAUUCCCUGUUCAUCUACACCACAUGUUUUCUUUUACCUUCGAUCUUUUUUGGCAUUGCAUUGCUUUUUUCCUUGAAUCUAAAGCAACCUGUAAUCUGUCCUCGUGGUUUAUAACUGUCGAGGGCUCUUGAUAAGAGCAUAUGACUGCUUAGUAAUAAUUGUGGUGCGUGGAAUUUAGAAGGCGUGUUGACAAUGAAGAGUAGAAGAGGAAAGCAUGCAGAGCCCUUUUGGCCCUCCACUGUAAUGAGGAAGUGGCUCAACAUUAAGCCUAAGGUGCAUGAGUUCAGCGAAGAUGAAGCUGACACAGAGAGCGAGGAUGAAGACACAAGCAAUAAUAUAGCUGAGAUGUCCUUUACAACAGUGGGGAGUCAAGUUACAUACACAUCUCAAGCAUCAGCAAAGGGUCGCUCAUCAAGACUACGGAGAAGAAAAUCAGAAACUUUACGUGUUCAAUAUAUAAGUAACAAGGAUGUGAGGGUUAUGAUUGGAACUUGGAAUGUCGCUGGAAGGUUCCCAUCAGAGGAAGUUGAACUUGAUGAGUGGCUUUGUAAAAGAGAACCAGCUGACAUAUAUAUUCUUGGCUUUCAAGAGGUGGUGCCAUUGAAUGCUGGAAACAUUCUGGGAGCAGAAGAUAACAGGCCUAUUCCCAAAUGGGAAUCCAUAAUUCGAAGAACACUUAAUAGUAAUUCCUUACAGUCAAAGCCAUCAUAUAAAAGUUACAGUGCUCCUCCCUCACCUGUAUCAAGAGCACCCCUUUCUGAUAGUUCACUUGCAAAUAAAGUACACGUGCCUGGUAACCAUGCUUUUGAAAGGGGUGAACAAGAUAAAUCUGUAAGCUUUGGGAAGAAUUUCCAGUGGAAUAGGAUCAACUCCAAUAACUAUUCAAAUAAAUUGGAUUGGCCUGAAUACUCAUUAGACAAGCCACAAAAAGAUAUAAAAUCGCGAACAAAACUAAGAAGAGUGUUAAGCAGCAGCCAAGGAAUUGGCUUUGGUUGGCUGGAUGGAUCUAAAGUUUAUUCUUCUGAAAGUUUAUCUUCGAGUGUUGGUUUGAAGAGGGUAUAUCGUAGCUCAGGUAACCUUGGAAUGUUGUGGUCUGAACGAGAAGAAGCAUCUGAUGUUCUUGAAUCACUAAAGGAUGUGUCUGAUAAGUCAUCUGAAGAAGAUUCUUCACCAGAAAAUGAAGUGGAGAGGGGUGAAAAUGAAGGAAGUGGAGAAUGUUCAAACCCCCGUCCUAGAUUUGUUCGUAUUGUCAGUAAACAAAUGGUGGGCAUUUACAUUUCAGUCUGGGUUUGUAGAAGAUUGAGAAGACAUGUAAAUAACUUAAAGGUAUCUCCAGUUGGUGUUGGACUUAUGGGAUACAUGGGAAACAAGGGAUCUGUUUCUGUUAGCAUGUCUCUCUUCCAAACACGAUUUUGUUUUGUUUGUUCUCAUUUGACAUCUGGUCACAAAGAAGGAGAUCAACAGAAACGGAACUCUGACGUGCAUGAUAUCUUACAGCGUACCCGGUUUUCUUCUAUCAUAGCUGUGGAUCAACCACAAACAAUUCCAUCACAUGACCGUAUCUUCUGGUUUGGGGACUUAAAUUAUCGCCUUAACAUGUCAGAUGCUGGAGUAAGGAAGCUUGUUGCAAUGAAACAGUGGGAUGAACUCAUGAACUAUGAUCAGUUGAACAAUGAGAUCAGGAGGGGGCACAUAUUUGAUGGAUGGAUGGAGGGCUUGAUUGACUUCCCACCUACAUACAAGUAUGAAAUAAACUCGAAUAAGUACGUUGGAGAAAAUGCUAGAGAGGGUGAGAAGCGAAGGUCCCCUGCCUGGUGUGACCGCAUACUGUGGUUUGGGAAGGGAAUUAGGCAGCUCUCUUAUUGGAGUUCUGAACUUGAUCUCUCUGACCACCGUCCUGUUAGCUCGAUUUUUUAUGUAGAAGUCGAAGUAUUUAAUGAAGGGAAAUUACAAAGAGCACUAAACUUCACAAAUCCUGAAUUACUUCCAGAAAAUCUUUGUUUUGAAGAAAAUUGAUAUGGAUCCUUCAUAUUAACUCUAUAAGUCAAUUAAGUAUGUAUUGGCAUAUUCAAGGCCGGAUUAAAAGGAUAUCAAAUGUCUCUGGGUGCUGCUUUCCGAAGUCCAAUUAGGGAUGCUCCUAAUCCAUUCCGGGGUGACUUAAUUUAUCCUGAUCUCUGGUUCAAAUUUUCUUCUGCAGGAAAUAUAUGAUUGGUUAAUUGCACUUGCAAAAGACGAGUGGAUGAGUUUUUACGGGAUAUUUAUAGGAUUUUGAUUACAUUACAAUUGAGGUUCGAAGUAACAUAAUGAGAGCUAAUUCUGAAAAUGAUAUUAGUCAAACUAAGAAGAAAGAGAAGGGGCACAUGGUUUUCAUCAUGAAGGGAUUAUCUGAUAUCUCGUCGUCAGAUUCUGGUGUCAUUGUAUUUGUGUUACGAUUGCUUAUAAAAUUAUUCUAUUGAACA